AUGGUUGACUGUGUCCACCGUCUUUCUGUGCGUCUACUGCUGGGUGAAUCUAUAUCUGAUAUUCUCUGUGGCUUACCCUACCCCAGCAUCACAUUCCCUCUUUCACUACCGAUCAACGCAUUCCAAGUCACUUUGGAAGGAGGAUCCAACGGAUUGGCAACCGCACCGGCAGUCGUUACUGGCACGUUUUUGCGUGAAUCAGGCGAUCCUGCCGGUAUAACGAUCCCCCUUGUUAAUAUCAGCGAUCCCUCUGGCCCCCAAGUCAUCCAAACUGAAAUUCCACCGGACAGCGAAGAUUCUGGAUCUUUUUCAAUAACUCUCACUGAUCCUGGAACGUACCAACUUGCACCUGCAGACGGGCAGGGUAACACUAUCGGGGACAGCAACGCCAUCACGGUGGUUUCCGCUACUGCUGAUAGUCAAACGACUCCGACUCAAACGACUGCUGUGGUCAAUCCAACGAGCGCGAGUGAAACUUCAGUUGUAGUCGUACAGAACACUGUUGAAAUAAUUACCUCCGCAAGCAACAGGAUUACUCCUACAACUGCACGCACUUCUGAGUCUUCAGGUACAACCUCCAGUGACGAGCACAUUUCGACUUCGACGACUGUACAUACAUCUUCUGACCUAGUUCUCACUCGAACCCCUGGCCCCAGUUUCUCUCAAAUAACUUCAACUUCAACUUUUACAGGAGCAUCCUUUACAACCACACGAUUUUUUACAUUCAUCUCGGCUUCUGGUAUCUCGACUCUCACAGCCCCUUCAGUAUCACUUACCACCACUAUCACUUCUAGUGGGAUUUCUUAUCCUACCUCGCCUGCUACUAAUCCUAGCUCAGUUAGAAAAACACGAACUGGCCGCAUUAUCGGUGGCAUAUUUGGAGCGAUUGGAGGAAUAAUUCUCCUCGCUCUUCUCUACUAUUUCGCCAGACGGAAACCAGCUAUCUCCCAUUCGCUCAAUACCCUGAAACAAACAAUUUCUCACCGACUCGAUGCUGUGAAACAAACGAUCUCCAAUUGGCUGCAUCGGUUGUAUAGUCGCAUGAAAUCCGUCAACAUUGGUGUAACCAGGAAUGUUUCCAACGGUAGAAUAGGCAUUGUUAGUCAACAGAACCGUUGGUAUAGAGCCAGUGGUGCUGCAUCAUCAAUACUUCCUUUCGCCCGAAUGCACUCUCCAACACACUCAGGGAUUGAGGUGUCCGAACCAAUGGCGAUGGCAUACGAUGGUAUGGCCCCAAUGUCUGUGCAUGCUUCAUCUGUUGCUGCAGCGACCUACGAUGUCGACCUGGGACAUUUAGGAAUGGCAGAUGGCAACAAUAAUGAUCAUGGAAUCUAUGAAGGUCCCUCAUUGUUGCCAUCUUUCAGACGACCAAGUGAUUCUACCACACUAGUCUUGGCAUCGAGAAAUGAUCCCUUCAACGAGGAAGUCGACCCUCGAGCCGAGCCAAGUCGAAUGCGUAGUGUAGACAGACUUCGUGUCAGCGGCGAGCUACCAUUGCACUCGUCGCUUACAUCGAGUUUAAUCGCAAAUGUAAAUGUUUCUAGGGGUUCACUGGACAAGAAAUCUACUGGGAGAGAAAGCCUGAUCAGCGCGGGGUCUCCGCCCCCAUCCUACUCAUCCCACACGCCCCCUACCCACCGAGUUGUUCCAGCAUCCCUACUGCCUCCGAACUAA